AUGACUUGCAAAUUCAAAGAUCCAGCAGCGACCCGUGGUUCGGUUAGAACUUUUCAGGCUGUAGUUCAUGAAAAAACGUAUAACAGAUUCGCUUUGACUUGCACUGUCGCUAGGCUUUUUGUAGGGAAAAGGAAUGGCGACAGUGACAAGAAAACCGUCAGGCGUUACGGGCUCAUCGGUCUCAUGCCUAAGUUGCCGGCGGAGGAUCCUUUCAAAGAGGAUGAUACUAUUACUAGCCGGUUUUACGUGUUCAAGGAAUCGGAGCUUCAAGAGAAAGACUGGAUUCGUCUGUAUUUGGAGCUUGCGGUCGCCACAAGCAAUAGGCAACGCGCUAAGAUACACAGUCUGACCAAUUUGAAGAUUCUGAAAGCGGCUAUGGAAAUCACACGAGACCCGGAUGGUGCAAUUCUCUACAUAAGGUACGAGGACUCCUGCGAGGCUCGAGUUGGUAAGGAUGUCGAUCGCAUUGCUCUUGUCAGAAGAAUCUUGGAUAAGGAUACCGGAUCCUUAAGUCUUGUUGGUUGUAAUCAGAGCUUCAUAGCAAGUGCUGUCCUCGAAGCUGGCUCGUCGUCUGCACAAGACUGA